CUUUUUGCACGUAAAUAGACUGAGAGCAAUCCUUGCCAGAGCAAUGUACGCAGCAGAUAUUAUCACACCUGCCAACGCGAGACACAUACAUUCGCGCACGUGUCGCUCGCGUGCAAUUGUGCGUAUACCAAUGGUGCUAAACAGCUUGUCCAUGUUAAGGGGUGUGCCAUCUGCACACACAUCGACACACACAGACAACCCCCUUCCCCCCACCCACCCCCCACCACAGCCACAUAGAUACCUUUGAGCAUACGCAGCACGCGCACACGGGGAGCAUUAACCUGCACACAAUACGCACGCACACCCACCAAAGAUAUCUUGUGUUGUCUUCUCGCACAUGCGUACAUUUCUCAGCAGUAGGUGCACAGCGUAUGACAGCACCCAGUAGACGAAGAAUAUCGCCAGCAGUAUGAAGGGGCUCGCCAGCUCAAAUACGUACCUGCCCACACACACACACAUUUCUGCAGAUGGACGAUGUGUGUAUACGGACCGUCUCUCGAAUGUGUUGACGCCGAUGCACGAGAUGCGUAUAAAGGAAAAGUCCAGGAGAAAGACGUUCAGGUACCGGAAAUAUGCCGAGAAAGACAGCGGCCUGCACGUGUGUACACAUCCCCUCUCUCUCUCUCUCUCUGUGCUUGGGUAUGGGUGUCUCUCCAUCGUACCAUUGCACGGCAUAGGAGUUGUAAGCGACGCCCAGCUGCUGUAUGAAGUUGAGCGUGAGCCCCAGAGACAGAGACACGAUCGAAGUCACAGUCGUACGCCUGCACACACGUACGCGUGUCUCUCUGCGUGUGCGUGUCUGUGUGUGGCUUGGUACGCGGUGAAUUGCGAGUUGAUGGCGACGUAGAAGGCGCCGCACAAGAGGGUGACCGCAAAGAGGAACAGCAGGGGCGUCGUAUACCCUGCACCCACACACCCACACGUCUGCGUGCCGCGUGUGUAUGCAUUCGUACAAACCAUUGGUCGUGUUGCACUCUGUGCACGGCCCUGCACACACACAAAUGGCACUCAUGAAUGUCCAUCUUGCACACAUACCGGUGUUUUGGGCGUCGACGGAUCCCCGUUUGCACACCCCGCAUGCACGGCCCUCUCGAUUGGCCGCACACGUGUCAGCCAGGCCACCUACACACACACAUAGACAAAAAGAGGGAGAAAGAGGUGGCUGCAGGUACAUGACUUAAUAGACGGGUGUGAGGCACCCACCUGGGCAAGCACCGAUUGGCUCGCAUUGGUAUAUCUCGUAGCCAUUAAAAGCCGCCUGUGUGUGUCAGUCAAUUCAUGGAUUGAUGGAUGGUAUGUAUGUAUAUGAUCUGUGCGGGCAGACUGGUGCGUACCACGUCUCUUUCUGAAAUGGGUGACGCCCAGUAGCCCGACAAGACGAGAGGCAGCUGCACGGGCGCCGGUACACACACACAAGUGGGUGGCCGUAUGUGCACGGUGCAUACCUCUUUUCCCCCAGUGCAGUUGUGUCCAUCCCCCUCUCGGCACGUCACACACUGCUCAGUCUCCCUGCACACACACAACACCCAACAAACCCCUGGGUGCUUGCGUUUUCAACAGGAUGUCUUACCGACCGGUUGAAGUACUGCCCCUCGUCACAUGUACACUCCGCCACAUCAAUCGCGCCAUCGCGUGUGGUGGUGAGUGUGGGGGGGCAGUCAGUGCAUUGAGGUGACCGGCCGACUGACGGCUGGUAAGAGCCCUGUUCGCACCGCGUGCAGAGGCCGGUGACCUCGUUGAAUGAGUAACCUUUCUGCAUACAUACAAUACGCAGAGAGAGGGAGAGAGAGGUAGGCGUGUGCAAUGCGCGAGAGAGGGGGGGAGGGAGGAGGGUUACCAUGCACAGGCAUUGGUCGAUGCUGGUGGCGUUCUCGGCUGUGGCGCGGCCUUCCCCCGGACACUGAUCGCAACCCUGUCAGCGGAUGCAUGCACUUAUACAUGCACGCAUACGCGUUUGUGUGUGUCCGUGUGUGUGUGUGUGUGUGUAUACGCGAUUGGCGGCUUCUUGUUUGUAGGACCCGCUAGGGCACGACACACAACGAGACAGAUCGGGUGAGGGCGAUCGACCGGGUGAGCAGACACACUGGACGCCGCCUCGACCUCCUUCUAAUAACUUCUGUACAAAUCUACUCACACACAGAAAGACAUGCUCUUCGAAGGCAACAUGCUCACAAUGUGUGUGUAGAUAUGUACCCCUUUUCUUGGUCACAUAUGCAGUCUGUGGCGUCAGUGGAUGCUUCGCUAAGCGUGAUGGUUGACCCGUCACUCGUGCAUGGCGUGCAGGUCGUGUUGCCUGGAGGGCCACACAGAGACAUGCACGUGCUGAUGGUCGUAUGUGUUGGUCAAUGUGCUUUUGGUAGUGAUGGUGGUGGUGGUGGUGGGUGCUGUGCACACCAGCUUGUGUCUUGUAGAAGCCGACUGGACACGGUGCACAUCUAUCUUGAUUCCCAGAAAUGGCAUACCCUUUCGCACAGACCUGCAUACACACAGACGCAUUUUGUAUGAUACAUGCGCAUCUCUAUGUGUGUGGAAUUAACUCCGUCUGUCUGUGCAUCCCUCACACAUUCAUCUCGCUCCCGCGCCCCGGCGUUCUCGAUCGUCAUGUUGGUGGGACAGCGCAGACGGUCGUUGCCUUCAGGGCAGUAGAAGCCGGGCGUGCACCUGUGCAUGCACAUGGAAAAGAACGCCGCUUCUUUGCGGGAAUGUGUGCUUGUGUGCUCAGACGUGCCUUAUGCAUGUGUCGUUGUUGCCGUCUUGAUCGAGGAAGUAUCCGCUCACACACACGCACAUUGCCUCGCUCGACGCGCCAGGUGUGUGCGUCGUUCUGAAAAAACACACGGUGAGGGGGACAGAGGAUGAACGCCCUGAGUGGGUGGAUGGCUACCUGAAUGCGCCACAUGAGCCACAGGCGCUGUCGCUCACAGAGGACUUGUACAGACUCUGCAGGCGCGUACAUUUGUGUGUUGAGGUGCAUGUCUGGGUGUGCGACGUACCUUCGGGCACAUUUCGCAUCGGUCGUCCGUCAGCAGCUGAUACCCAGCGUCACACUUGCACUGCAUCCAUGUCGAGAUACACACGCACCCGUAAAUGGAUGGAUGGAUGGACGCAUGUAUAUAUGUACACACAUGCCGACCUCUCUCUGCGACUGUGCGCCCUCUGUUUCUGUUGAGCGGUUUGCCGCACACGGCGUGCAAUUGUACAGACCUGCACGCGUAUGGAUGGAUGUGUUCGAUUACUGUGUUUGCGUGGCGGUGUGGGUACCGUCCAGGUCGCUGCUCGUCUGCAGUCGGUAUCCGCCGCGAGAGCAGGGCUCACACGAAGUGCCAUUGGCAGAGGCACGCAUCCCUACACACACCACCGAACGCACAAAUGCACUUGUGGAUGUACGCCUUUGUGUGGUGCAGGGAUACAUACCAGCAGGGCAUCCGACGAAGAGAGACACGCUCGUGUUGGUGGAGCCCUCUAUAUUGUAAGCGGACACAGUGUACCUGCACACACACACACACACACGGGAGGCCAUCCGUGUCUCCCUGGUUGCAUGCACAUACGUACGUCUCCAGGGGGGCCGCUUUGCCUGGGGUGCCCUCGAUGAUGCCGCGAUCGCUGAUGCGCAGACCUAUUUGUGUGCACACAGACUUGUGGAGAGAUUGGAAACAUGUGGAUGUGUGUACCGUGUGGCAGCAUUGAGUUUACAGCCCAUCCCUCGAGGACGCUCUCGGUGCUGGCCAGGGUGGGCAUGGCCAUGAAGGGCGCGUUCAGGGGGAUGUACUGCGACGGCUGCGGUAUGCAAACAAUGCACCGUUCGCCUCUGUGUGUGUGUAUGGGUUGUUACUGUGUGCGUGUGGGUGGGUGUGUACUUGAAUGGAUGGGUAGAAUAGGUUUGCAGGGGCGCCAACGACGCUGAAGACACGACCCACCUGCCAAUACACACACAGAGGGGGACAUCCACAGACAUAAAAACGGCACAUAUCCAUGCAUGAAGGCCUGCGUGGAUGGCUGCACACCUCUGAUUGAUGCGGCUUGCCAGAAGAGGGAUUGACAGACCUGCAGCCAACCAAUCAACCCACCCAUCCACAUGACCAGCCGGGUGGAUCAUAUGAAUAGGCACACCAGCACACGUGGAACUCCCCCUGCUGCGCUAUCUUGACACCCUCAAACGCCAGAAAUGUGCCGCCACCUAAAGACACACAAAGACACACACAAACACACACAAUUACGCAUACGCGAAUACAUAUGUGUAAGGCCUUGUGUGCACACACCGACCGAUAGCUCGUGUGGGCGCCUGCACGAUGGCCGGGUCGUUGUGUGUGGGCAUGGCCGAGCAGGGGGUGGAUGCGUUGACGAUCACCACACCAGAGGACGGCUGCAAACCCCACCCCCCGAUUGUCAGAGUGAACUCCUGCACACACACACACACACACACAUACAGAGUGAGAGAGAGAGACAUGUGUGUAUAUUUAUAUGGCCUUGCCUGUCCGAUUCUAGCACUGAAUCGGUGCGUGUCCUCUGGCCCGCUCACAAUGAGACUCCCAACCUGCACACACGAUUUUGCGCAAACGUGUCACGUAUACAAAUAAAUACACACAUACAUACCGUCUGUGUGAAUUGUUCUGGCUGAUCGCAGCUAAGGUAGCCGGCACACAUGCAGAUGCGAUGCACGCCUGCACGUGUGGCCACACCCAGGUCGAACGCCACUCGUGUGCGGGAAGGCGUGAGUGAUGAUGGGUCGGCUCUUGCUGGGUUGGUGGCGAUGUCAGACACAGAAGAGGCUGCCGGAUCCCCACAACCUGCUCCCAUGAAUGUGCAGACACAAAUGGAGGCAUAUUCGCGUACACACACAUACAGAUGCGCACGCACCUGCAAGUGUGUCGAUGAUGCGGAUCGCGUCAUUGGCAGUGAGCUCCACCCCGGUCGCACUGAGAGUGCAGUUGUAGGCGCGGACACACUCCUGCGCCGCCAUCUCUACCCACAGAUACACAGACACACAUAUCUAGAUGAACAGAUCGAAGAUCCGUCACAUGCAAACCAUCGACGCCCACAACGCGCAGAGAGCCUGUCGGCAUGCUGCUCUGGCCUGCAAACAGGUAUGGAUCCACACAACCUUUUCUUUGCUCGUGUGCAUUAGUUACAUUGGUCUUGGUCAUCGACUCUGCUGACGCACGCGCAUAGCUGAAAGACACCUCGGGUGCUGGGCGACCCUGCACACACACAGACACACACACACACACACACACAGACAUACACACACACGUCUACAUGUAUGUAUGUGCGCCUGUGGCAGAGAUAUGCGUAUCCACCGGCACCGACCGAGAUCGUAAGUAACACGCGUUUUGCCGCCCUGAUUGACGUAGCCGAGCGGCAGAUGUGACGACACAGAGGCCCCCUGCCCGCACACGGAGCCUACGAGACGGAGGAAGCUGUAUGUGUGUGUAUGCGCGUGUCUCUCCUACUUUCUUUUUGUCUCUCAUACUGGCCGGAAGGGAUGACUUGCAGUGCGUCAGGUGGUCGAUCGCUCUGCUGUGUCAUCUGCAGAUACUCGUCGUAGCCAUACCGCCAGAACGACACACUGCAGGGCACAUUCCUGCACAACAAAUUAGACACACACACACACACACACACACACAGUGGGUUUGUAUGUGUGUUUGCGUGUAUGUGGCAGACGUGUACCGAGUGCAGUUGAAUGGUGCCGUCUGCUGUUGUCCUUCUUGGUCUGUGAGGGCGUAUGCGUGGCAAACCACUCGCAGAAACACCUCUUGGCUGCCGUCCACCGACACAUACGCGAGAGACGGCGGCACGGCAGUGGGGAAGGCCGCUGACGCGAUGAAGACACUCGUGCCGUCAUCAAUCUGCCAUCUCCAUGUCGUCUCGUUCAGCACAACCCGCAUGGCGCCAUCCUGAAAACAGAAACAGGAGAGAGACACAGCAAUGAAGAUUUGUAUGGAUGCACUUACCUGUGUCGCAAAAAGCCCAUUACUCUGACGGUAGUACAACGCCUCUAGCCGAGCGAAGUCACCAUCAGUGGGUGUGGACGUCCCGAACUGCUCCUCAUUCAACACAUGCACCGACACCACAGGACACCCCCCCAGCACCAGCAGCCUGCCCCCGCCGAUCGUGUACUCAGCAGAGAGGGAACAGCCUGUCCGGGACGCGCAGUAGCACAAACGCACCUCUCCCUCUGACACGCCAAUGGCACCGAAAUCGAGGCCGACGGCAUCUGCUGUGAGGGAGGUGCCUCGAGCGGUUGCCAGGGGGACAGAUAGAGGGGAGCCGCACUCAGCUUCUCCAUCUGUGAGCAUCGCUCUGUGUCCUUCAUCGAGACCGAUCCCGGUCAGCACCACAGAGCACUCACGUUCCUGCCCAGAUAGGCAUAUCGCAUCCACAUAGAGCCGCACACCUCUUAUCUGCAACUCUCCCACAAUGCGUGGAGGGUCGAACAGACAACUCUCCCCGUUGUCAAAGCAGAAACACACAUCGAAGAUGCCAGGCUGUGAAGGCACCCCGAGGUCAAAGGCGAGGGAGUCGAUCAGCGUGUUUUGUGGGUCAGGCACGGCGGAAGACGACACGUGAACCGCCUUGGCAAAGAGAGAGGGGAAGGGCGAGCACUCUGGCUGCUCAGAUGAGGGCAGGGACACGGCCACGGCGUCUAGGCUGCCUGAAAGGAAUGUCCCUGAGACGUCGAAUCGGCAGGUCUGCCCGACGGAACACCUAAACUGGUGGUUCUCCUCUGCCAGUUUAACCACAUAAAACGUCCCAAGCUCCUUUCUGUAAGCCGUGAAGGUGUCGCAGUCACCACCAGGAGCAUCAGGUCCGCCUGCAUAGCAGUAGCAGAGUGUGUAUUCCCUGGGUGUGGCGAAGGCCUUUACAUCCAGCACAACCUCGACUUGCGAGAAAGAGACGGCAGAUGGAGACACGGGGUUGGCAACCAGCCCGCCGAAAUAAUCGAACCCGUAUGUCUCAUCAAUACACGACUCCGCCACACGCAGAUUGGUGGCCUUGAUGCGGUCAGCUGAGGUGAGGUCAUACCCAGACACGCGGACAAGGCAGGUUUCUCCCUGCACACAUACAGGGGGGCGGGAGAAGGCCUCUGCACCGUAGAGAGUGAGGAAAGCGAUAGGACCGGCGGACGUGGGUGUGCAUAUGGGUCGUCUGCCGGAUUUGUCGCGCCAUGAAGUGUCUUCUGGGGAGAGCACCAGAAAUGGAGCCAUACCUGCAGACACACACAUGAGACAUGGCCGACCAAGCUUCCAUGUCUUCAGGUUGUGUUUGUGCGGCUACCUGUGGUCUCGAUGGUGACGUCAGCAGACCACCCCUGCUCACAAGGGAAGGUCCCUCCGCCCUCCAGCCCGCCAUACCCACCAUAUUGCCCUUCCCCUGUUUCCCCUCCACUCGUGAAGGAAAACUCUACUGCAAACGAGACACGUCUCUCCCCUGCCUGCCUGUCCGUGAACAGCACUUCCUGCUGUGCAUCGAAAAACCGCACGGUUGUAAAACCAUCAUUGACGUGCACAGACGCGUGCGCAUGGAAGACAGUGCGUGUGCCGAAAGAUGGGGCCACGUGCAGAGGGCCGACCGAGUCGACCAGUGCGUUGAAAACCGUGCCAUUCCCCCACUGCACGAAAAUGGUGGCGUUGUGGCGCAGGACACCCUCACUCUCACCGCCCACACACAUGACGACAGCAUGGAAGCGGGCGAAGGCGAUCAAAGAGGGGUGGGCAAAGGGAAAAGGCAAAGGGUAGACAAGCCCACCCCCAUCAGUGCACGUGUCUGCACCCGUCUCUCCCAGAACGAUCCUCUCUUCCCAGCCCAUUUUCAUCUCAAUCGGCCCAACAUGACACACAGAGGUGUCGGUGUUGGUGCACGCAAACUCGUCUCGCCACGGAAAGGCCGUAGGCAGCUCUGACCGAUUGGAUGGGCGGAAGACCACCAAGGGGUCCCUCCACCUCUCUCCCAACUCUGUCGCAUAGCAGACGACGCCAAUCUCCUCAUUUGUGCUGCUCUUGCCACCAUCGAACGGGAUAAAAAUAUCCGCACCCUCGGCAUCAGAGAGGGUGAGAGACACGCCUUGUUGCGUGAUGGUGGAUGGGGAGAUUGAUGGAAGGGCGGAUAGCGGAAGUGAGAGGCAGGAGACGGCCAUGGGUGGUCGGUCCGUGCGGAUGCGGGCGGACGGGGGGAGGGCGAGAGAGGGGAGCUCGAUGGUCAACACGGGGGGAAAGCCGUCUGCAGGAAGGGAAAGAGAGAGGCACAGAGCCCCCAGCAUGGUGUCUGUGUGUGGUGCGUGUGUUGGUACCUUCAUUUCGACAGGCGAUGCUCACGUAUUCCGUCCACUGCUGUGCGUCAUUCCUCCAACCUACACUCGCAUGCGGGCCAUUCUCAUCACCGAUCUGCUCCACCAGACACGAUCCCCCACCCCCACUGUCCUUGUCUCGGACACACCACUUGCCCUCUCCUUCGCCGAAGACCAUCUCGUACUGGCCUUUGGUGUACACACGGGUGUCUGUUGUGAGUGUGUACGUGCCGUCCAGCUGUGGGUUUGAGAAGCCGUAGGUCCACAGAUAGGGACAGAGCAGCGGGGAGGGACAUUGCGUGCUGGAGGUGGGUGAGGGAGCUGGGCAGGCGGAAGAGCUGCAGGUACGUUUGUGCAGAGACAAAGAAACACACGUGUGUCUCUGGAUGGUUUUGUGUGUGUGUCGGCUUACUUGGUCCAGAAGUUGGUGCACGCAUGACACGAAUCGACGAAAGACCUGAGAGAGACACACACUUACACUUGUGCAUCGGUAUUGGCCGCCCACCUUUCGUCGCAGCAGUCGUUGCCAUCGAAUGAAAACGACUUGAACAGGCACACGUCGUCACACACGCCGUCGCCAAUCAUAUACGGAUGGCACAGCACUGCACAGACACACAGAUGGAUGCCCAUGGACGUGCGCACGUCCACGCAUGCACGGACACAAACAUACCAGGUCUGUUCAAUCUGCAGAGCCCACAGCUCUCCUGGCAGUUGGUCAAAGCCUCUCUUGCAUGGGGACAUUCGUAGCACCUAGAGGGAUCGGCUGCAAACCUGCAUGAUGUGUGCUUGGAUGGACGCAUAGACGCUUCCAUUCAUUCUGCGUUUCUGGGUACCAUUCGCACGUGUGGCCAGUCGUAGCAUCGACCCAGUCGUGGACAUCCCCACACUCGGGCACUGAUCACACCCAUACACAAGGUGCAUACAACGACAGGAAUAUGCGUUUUCUUCCUCUCUACCGAAUAGGAACUCCUCGGAGUUUGACGCACGGCUGGGCAGGCCGUUUGCAUCGACAACUCCCGUGCCCUCUCGUAUGUGUAUCGACACUCUUGUGUAUGCCAGUGCCUGUCAUGCCCACACACAAACAGACACAGACGGAAGAUGCACACCUCCCUGUGUAUGUACGUUACGUGGAUCUCGAUGGCAUAUCGCCUCCGUGAGUUGGCGAAUGGCUCGAUGGAGACGAUACUGCCAUUCUCCAAAGCCACAGACGAUUCAGUGAAAUUCUGCGCACCCACAAACAGCACUGUUGCGUGUGGGCAGCUGGCAGCUGGUUCACUUGCUUUGUCACGCACAUAAACGGCCUCGUUGUAAGUGACGUUGAUGCGUAUUGGGUACUCGUCGGUGAUGGACUGACCAAGGGGAGCGAUCGAGGGUACUGGAGGAGUGGUGUCUGCAUGGAUACAAGAAUAGACACAUGUGUGUACGCCUCUGCGUGUGUGUGGCGCACCCACCAUUCCACCAAGAGACACGUGCUGAUGGGGCUGAGACAGACAGACAGACAGACAAAGAUGCGUGUGUGGCGGACGUACGUGGAUGGAUGGAUGGAUGAAUGGAUGCACACAUAUCAUACCUUUGAUCCACAGCUUGACUUCGUUGACGUACGCCACUUCACCCGUGGCCUUCAACAACGGGCCGGGGAUCGCUGCACACACCCACAGAUGGAUGGAUGGAUGGAUGUGUCUGCGUGGACAGAUAUAUGUACCUGUCAGCUCAGAAUGUCCAACCACGUAUGCCCUCUCGUCUGCAGAGCCCAACAUCACAAGGGAUCGGUUGUCGCCCAUCUGCAUGGAUGACAGAUGCGUGCAUCACUUGUUUACGGGAGAAUAUGUGUGUGUGUGUGUGUGUGCGUGUGCGUGUGUAUAUACCUGCAGGCCACCAAAAACAUAUUCCGUGCUGCUGUCAUGCUGGACACUUUGCGCGUCUUGUGCAAAGGGGGGUGAGGACUGCCGCCACGUGAGGGAAUCGAACUCCUGAUUACACAUGACGUGUGAGUGUAUGUGUCUCCGUGUAUGUGUGUGUGUGCGUACUGUAUUAGGCCAUUCCAUCAGGAAUGUGUAGACGCCCGUCUGCUCGUCCCGCAAAUGCUCCCAAUCCACAGUGUCCAU